AACUCCUCAAUGGAAGCGGAAAGAGACUUUCCACUUUUCUUUAAGCCCCAUCAAACGAAAUCCCUGCCGCAGACCAGCGUCCUGCAACUCCGGCUAAACCCUACAUUAACGCUUUCCUUACCGCUUUCUCGUUGUUUUCUCUUCAUCUUUCGUCAUUCUAGAGUGUACAUCCUCCAGGCAACGCCGCCAUGGCUCAAGCUCAAACCACAGAGGGCGCGACGGAGAUAAUUGAUGCAGUAAGGUUCAGUUUCAUGACGGAUGAGGAAGUUCGGAAGCAUAGUUUUCUCAAACUUACAAAUCCAAUUUUGCUUGACACCGUGGACAGGCCUGUGCCUGGUGGUCUCUAUGAUCCCAUAUUGGGUCCUCUGGAUGAGAGGGCACCAUGCAAAACAUGUGGACAUCUCAGACUGAAUUGUCCGGGUCAUUGUGGUCAUAUCGAGCUUGUUUAUCCAGUUUACAAUCCCUUGCUUUUCAAUUUCCUUCAUAGCCUUAUACAAAAAACUUGUUUCUUCUGCCAUCAUUUCAUGAUAGAGAGGAACGAGGUUGAGAGUUGUGUUUCUAGACUCAAACUCAUCAUAAAAGGUGAUGUUGUUGGGGCCAAAGAAUUAAGUUCAGACUCACCAAGUGUAUCCUCAUACUCAGAGGAUAGUGAUUGGAGCCACGAAACUUGUUCAACUGUUCUUUCAGGUGCACAUGAUCAAGAUGCCGGGCAACCAAAAUUCCGACAGUGGACCUCUCUUCAGUUUGCUGAAGCAAAUGCUGUUUUGAAUAAAUUUAUGAAGUUAAAAACUGCUAAGUGUAAGAGGUGCAAAGCAAAAAAUCCUUCAGUGAACAAGCCUGUCUUUGGAUGGUUCCAAAUGGCUGGUAUGUCAGGGGCCAGUAUUCGAGCAAAUGUUAUUCAAGGGCACGAGAUGGGAGAUCCACUUGGUAGUGUAGAAGAUUGUAAUGAUAUCACUCAAGAGGGAAAUACCCCUGGUUGUGCCUCCUAUGGACAUGAAAAUGAUGCUACCAAAAAAAGUGGAAAAAAAUCUGAGAAGCUACAUCUUGAGUUCACUAAGCAGAAGAAUUCUAGACAUUUGUUGCCAACUGAGGUUAAAGAGAUCGUAAAACUUUUAUGGCAAAAUGAGCCUGAAAUUUGCUUGUUCAUCGGUAAUCUUCAGCAGUAUGGAUUUGAAAAGAAAGUGGAUUAUUCUAUGUUUUUCUUGGAGAGUGUACUUGUGCCGCCAACUAAAUUCCGUGCCCCGACCAAGGGAGGUGAUAGUGUGAGUACUUUUUUAGUGGAUUGGAUUUCUUACCUUCUACAUAUAGAGAGCUUUUCUUGACACUUAAACUAUAUU